ACCCACAGCUACAUGACGUACUGAGGAGACUGAGGAGAUUUUUUACGAACCCAGAUGAACGGCCGUGUAAUCUGGCACCUUCUUGAGUUCGGAAAAAGCACCUUUUUGCUUUGAUUUGUUUUGCUUUCCAUUAAAAUCAUUCUCAGUCCAAGGCAAAGAACCGUGCCACAAACAAAGCGAAAUAGGAUAAAAGCACGGGACUGACAAGGACGACUGACCGUCAUGCGAGAGGAACAGUCUUGUGGCGAUUUUCCCGAGGGUGGGGUCCUACCCAGUGAAGAGGAGCAAGAACGUCGCACUAACAAGUGCCCCGUCGUUGUUGCGCCACCGACGGCUGCUCGAAAGCGGCUGACAGGUCCCAAGAAAGAGCCUGGUGGACCCCUAACACAGGACAACAAAACGUCACUGAAGGGCCCCUCAACGCUCACUCCCUCUUGCCCCAAGCGGCCCAAGAGGAGUUCUCCUCCUUCCUCAUCAACCUCUUCGACCUCCCUAGUGCCCAUCGUGAGCUCGGUGUCACCUGUGCCCGGGCAACCGUUCGAGGACCUCCACACGCAACGGGGGAUCGCUAACGUCCGGGAACGGCAGCGCACGCAGUCCCUAAACGACGCUUUCGCCUCGCUGCGGAAGAUCAUCCCCACGUUGCCUUCAGACAAACUGAGCAAGAUUCAGAUCCUCAAACUGGCUUCGAGAUACAUCGACUUUCUCUACCAGGUUCUCCAGAGCGAUGAGAUGGAUGCCAAGCUGGCCAGCUGUAACUACCUGGCCCACGAAAGACUGAGCUACGCCUUCUCCGUAUGGAGGAUGGAGGGCGCUUGGUCCAUGUCCGCCACUCACUAGACGUUCACCCGUUCCUGAUCCUACCUGCCGACCCUACAGCCCUACGAAACUCCAACCACCCUCUGAACUGUGAACCUACAUUGUGCCUGAGAGAAAGUGACUCUGACUAUUAAAUCUAUCGCUGUCUGUCUACUAGCUACAGCUUCAGCUUCACCAGCAACCGCCAUUUGACUCCUGCUGCCAUGACCUGACCCUGCCUAAAGCUGACCUCUGACCAUCCAACACCGAUCUUUUCGCUUUUUCUCAGAGCAAACCUCUACAGUAUCCCACUACCCCAGAGGACAUCAUGCUUCAACCACAAGCCAUCAAUAUUUCCCUUCUCCUAAUGAAGCAAUACAACAAAAUGCAAAAAAAUGACCCUCCACCAUCUAAAGGAAUGGACACCAGCGGUGUCUAAACUAAGAUUGCUCAGGCAAUUCCACAUGACUCUGAAUCAAACUCUGGAAGUCACUCUGACUGUGUGGCAGAGUGCUGAUUUGAGAUCAGCGUUCAUUGACUUUGACUUUGUAUGGACACACAGAGGCAGACAUUGACUGUCAUAAGGACUCUACAUGUAUAGCUAACCUUAGCCUGAUGGAAAAACGCUACGUAGACUCACUAUAUUCCCUGAUAUACAGAUCUGAUCAUUUCAGAGUCGAUGUGCUUGUCAUUUAUGCUGUAUAUUAGCCACCAUUAUUGCUUCUGUGACAGUGUAACAAUCGUGUCAUGGUAUAUACCACAUCCGUCUAAAUGCAUAAAGGUUGUUACACCUUUUAAAAAAAUAAAGCUGUAAGAUUAA